GGUGAAUGGAUUGACAUAUGUAGGAUUUGACUUUUUUUCGAUGCUUUACGCUCUGUGGCAGCAUGUCAGUGUUACAGUUGAAAUUUACAUCGUGAAAUCUGCAGACCGAGCUGCUUUUCACGCGUGCCAAGAUAGGCUCGAUCGAAGAGAAAAUGCUGAACGAUCAGUCAUGUCUUACAGGCGGGGAAUAGUCCUUCUCCGGUAACCAAUUAUCCAUAUGUGAUAUUGAAACAGUAACAGUACAUGAAAGAUUUGACAAGUACUAUUGUCCAGAGUCAUCAGUAUACUGUUUCCCAUGCCGGCUGUCCUGUACCUUGCUUCCCAUCUCCUUCGCACUCAGCCCAGCUAUGCCUCGCACUUCCAAAUCGGCCAAAAAAGCUUCACGUACAUCCAGAAAGCAAAAUGUCAGGAGUGUGAAAACUUACAUGACUACAAGACAAACGGCAAACUCACUCAAAGCUAACGGCUCUGCCACACUCAGUAGGCAAGGCCAGAUCAGGAAGUCCACAGACAAGAGACGGGCAGCCAAGGAUGCCCAGAAGAGUCCUGCCAAGAAGCCUGGCACGAGGAGUGUCAAGACUGCCCCUGUUGUUAAAGUAUCCAGACAUACGCGUGCAUCUUUGAAGCAAAAUGGCUUGUUGUCAAAACGUAAUGGCCAACGGAGGUCACCUCGAAAUAGUCGCUUGUUUCAGAGCGUCCUACGGGAAGUUGAGUCUCGCAGAAGGGCAGUUAUUGGGAGAAAGGGAGGUCAGCAGAUCAGGGAACAGGAUACUGAUACAAAAAGGCCCGAACUUCAUGAUCUUAAUAGUGAUGGGCAACAAAAGAGUGCUGUUAUUCCUACUGGAGAGGGACUGACCAUUAACAUAAGCUCGGAGGAAACUGCGGAGGAGCACAGAGAGACUGUUGUUAUCAACACUGACAAGGCAGAGGAGAAGGUAAAGGCAAACACAGAAACUGUACAAAAAUGUACUGAUACAGAGGUUGCCUUUGUUGAGCAGUGUGACACUUCGGAGCACACGCCCAUCAAUAACGUGAACUUUGCCUACAACACUGAUACCUCAGGCCCAAAAGUUCCCUCCCCUACACAGUCAGAUAAGAAUGUUUCUGGUCAGACUGAGCAGAUCAACGAAAUUGACUUUUCUGAAAGUUCUUGUGAAACCACUCCAGAACCCUCUGCAGAAUCAGAUGAGACUGUGACGUCCCCAAUUUGUCAAUCCCUUGAAGAAUCGCCAGCACUUGAAAACAUCACUAAUUCUCCCCAGGUAGAUGCCGAUACCAAAGAUGAAAUUGACGAUGCUGAAAUGUUAAUAAAGAAAGAGGGAGCGCUUUCUCUCCUUUCUCUGAGUGCAACCAUUUACAACAGCACUGUUUAUGAUCCAGACCAUGAGCCUCAGGCAACAACAUCUUUUAACGGCACGCUUUCCAAUAGCACAGAGAGCACCCAGUCCUCUUUUGACUGCGAGUCAGAGUUGGUUCUAGUGCACAGAUCAUCAGGAAACCCUUCUCUCGAGGAUGAGGAUAUUCAGCUGAGUUUACUAGGAGAUCAAGAGAGGAGAGAGAGAAAGAAGAGAAGUCAUUGCGGCUGUUGUGUGCCCUGUCUGCGCAAGAUCAACUGUGGGGAAUGCAGAAGUUGCCUGAACCGAAAAACGGGCCAUCAGAUCUGUAAGCUCAGGAAAUGUGUCGAGCUGAGGAAAAAGCCUCUAAUGAUCUUUACGGGAGAGGGAGGGUGCAAGGAUAUUUCCAAACCACUGAAAAAAAAGCGAGUUUCAAAGGUUGAGUCAGAGUUAAAUUCAGCAAAUGGCACAGACUCAGAGCAGAUGGAGGAGACCAGUGUGUCACCAGAGGAAGAAGAGCAUUACAUAUCCCAAACACACAAUGUCCCUGAUUUUCUCACGCCUCUCCAGCAUGGCCUGGCAACAGCACCUCCUGGAAAGCAGCCCUGGACCACUGAUAGCAAAUUUGUCCUUCUCAUCUCUCAAACUACUCUAAAUGGUGCUGAACACAUCAACCCAAACACUGAGAAACAUGCUGAACUGUCCUGUAGAACUACAAACAUGACUUGUGAACUCGAGGCACCUCAAGAAAAGACAGUUCCUUUGAAGAAGAUCAAACUGGAGGAGCAAUCGGUGGAGAUAGAUAACCAGCACUCAGUGCACUUAGAGUCUAACGGGUGCUAUGAGGAUCCUUUAUCCACUCUAGCAGCUGUAGUCUGCUUCUGUAGUACAGAUAGGAAAGCUAUUUUUGGGCGUCAGGCCUCAGAUAUCUGUUCUUUAAAAUCUGAGCCGAAAGAAGAGCCUGAUCAGUGUCAGUCAAUUCAUGGAAAACCAGCAAAACCUCCUCAGCAAGAUAACAUUGCACUAUCUUUACCCAGUGUCCAGUCUCUGGUCCAGCAUAGGAAUAUUAGUGCUGAGCAGGCUAUAGCUAUUGAGGCCUUGACCCAACUGGCAGCUACUCAACAAACGGUGCUCUUCAGAACAGAAGACCAGGACACUCAGCAAGAAAGCGCAACGUCUACAUACUCUGCUUCAAGCAACCCCAAACCUCCUCUGGAGGCUAAAUCAGUUUCAGAUAUUUUCUCUAACAAGGUAUCAGUAAUUAGUUCAUCCAUGCACCAGACAUCUGUCAUCCGCAGCCCUUUGAAUAGGCAGGUCAACUUCAUCCAAAAUCAGCGCUGUGCAUCUACCCCCAGAAAGCUUUCCUUGAAGGAUCUUCUGGUAGCUAGUUCAGAAUGUGAAAAGCUAUCGGACACUGCAGAGAACCAAAGAUACGGCCAAGCAAUUUGUAAAGCUGACAGGUUAGAAGGCACUUUUAAGAAAGCAAAACAAGGUGAUGGGAAUCCUAUCUCAAGAAAGAGGGAUGAGGAGGAAGUUGCUGCUCAAUUGGUGCAACUUGCAUUCAUGAUCCAAUCAAGACAAUCGAAGCAAAUCACAGAAAACAGUCCCCUGAAAGGAAUGCCAGCACAGACCAUAAAAUACAAUAAUAUUUUGGGGCAGCAUUUGAGAAAACAAAGGAAACCUAGAACGACACCUUCAAAACCCAGAAUAUCUAAGAAGAAAGCUGUUGAGGUUGAGGAUAACCAUUGUAGGAUUCAACUGGCCAAGAGGACACCCAACAGAAAGACCCCGCACAAGGCCACAAUCCAGAAAGCAAUUUCGCAACAUAAGAUGAGGUUUCAGCACAAAAGUAGUCCAUAUCUUCCACAAGCUCAGAUAGACCUGAAAAAAUACAUAGCAGAAGCUCACCAUGAGAACAAGCAGCUCUUAUAUUUCAGCAACUCUCUGAAGAAAGAGCACUUAGACUUCGAAACAAUCACAGGCUCUGGGAAACAUAAUGGCUUUCACUUUAAACAGGAGCAUGGUGGCAACACUGUAUCACCGCCAAAUGGACUCUUCUGCAAUCAUACAAAUGACCAUCUUGGUUCUUGCCAGUGGAGGAAGCAUGAAUGUGAACAACACAUGAUUUCUCAGGCAUCGAAAACCUAUGAUGUGCUAAACCAUGGUGCUAAACAACAACCUCAGCAUACCAUGCCCAGUGAACUUUUGAAAGACUUGCCACAAAGCCCAGGGGUGAACCAUAAAACAAACAAUUUAAAAUAUAAUCAACACUUGCACACAAAUCUAAAUGGACAUUACAAAGUGGAGAAGUCUGGUGGUGUCACGGUGCUGUCCACAUCCACUGUACAUUUGGAAAAUGGUGACUUGCCAUACACUGGAGAACAGACUCCCCCUAAACACACUCUAAACAGCUUUUUGGAGUCUCCAAUGAGGUUCUUGGACACACCAACCAAGAACCUGCUCAACACCCCCUCCAAACAAUCCACUGAACUGCCCUCCUGUGACUGUGUGGAACAAAUCAUUGAGAAGGAGGAGGGUCCAUACUACACUCACCUUGGAACUGGCCCAAAUGUAGCAGCAGUGAGAGAGAUGAUAGAGAACAGGUAUGGUGAGAAAGGCAAUGCAGUCCGUGUGGAGGUUGUGGUGUAUACUGGCAAGGAGGGGCGGAGCUCACAGGGUUGCCCAAUCGCCAAGUGGAUCAUACGUCGUGGAAGUGAGGAAGAGAAGUUGUUAUGUCUUGUGCGGCAGCGUGCUGGUCACUGCUGUCAGAACGCAGUGGUCGUUAUUCUGAUCCUGGCCUGGGAGGGGAUCCCACGCGGUGUGGCCGACAGGCUGUACCAGGAGCUCACACAGACUCUCUGCAAACAUGGCUCACCCACUAGCCGCCGCUGUGCCCUCAAUGAAGAUCGUACCUGUGCAUGUCAGGGUAUGGAUCCAGAGACCUGUGGUGCCUCCUUCUCUUUUGGUUGCUCCUGGAGUAUGUACUUCAAUGGCUGCAAGUUUGCACGUAGCAAAACGCCCAGGAAGUUCAGGCUACAAGGAGACUACCCUGAGGAGGAGGAGAAGUUGGAGAGAAAUCUGCAGAAUCUGGCCACAGAUUUGGCACCCGUGUACAGGAAACUGGCUCCAGAGGCCUUUCAGAACCAGGUUGAGCAGGAGCAGCAGGGGCAGGACUGUCGUCUGGGCAGGAGGGAAGGUCGACCAUUCUCUGGUGUGACUGCAUGUGUGGACUUCUGUGCUCAUGCUCACAAAGACACACAUAACAUGACCAAUGGAAGUACUGUGGUAUGCACUUUAACCAAGGAGGAUAACCGUGCAGUGCGAAACAUUCCAGAGGACGAGCAACUGCACGUCCUGCCUCUUUAUAAGAUCUCUGACACGGAUGAGUUCGGCCAUGUUGAGGGCCAGUGGGCUAAGAUGAAGACAGGGGCUCUGCAGGUCCUCUCUUCCUUCCCAAGAGAAGUGAGAGUGCUGGCUGAGCCGGUAAAGUCAGCCCGCAAGAGGAGACUGGAGGCUAAAAGAGCCCAUGCUGAGAAACUUAACGGCCUGGAUAGUAAGCAGGUCACUCCUGUAAAAGGAAAGAAUGAGUCUCUUAAAGGUUUCAAACACACCUCUGUUGAACAUUCACCAUGUAAAGAAAAGGAAACUCAGAAUCUCUGUUCAAGAAUGCAAUUGGCUGGGUUUCAAGACAUUGGACGACAGUUCUCAGACUUCCAUUCUUCUAGCCCAUACAAGCAGAGUAACACAUGCGCUACACCUCCUGUGGCCUCCAACUUUGGCACGGUUACACAUUCUACUUCACCUCACUCAGACUUCACUCAAUCCCAGCAUGAUUUCUCUGGAAGAACCACCCACAACCAUGGUUCUCAUUCUUUUAAACCUAGCCCAGUCCUGGAUGCCUUUCAGCAGAUUUCUGCAGAGAUCUCUGAGCAGAAACCAUUCAAAAACCAGCCAUGUUUGAUUGACCCCAUGAGAACAAACUUCUAUAACUGCUCUGAUUACUCUCCCUCUUUCAAAUCCGAACCUGAGGAGAUGCGGUGCUUCCAGGGUGGGACGGCUCCCACUCUGCUCUCCUCGCCAAUGGCUGAGGGUCUUCACAGUCGGUUGAACUGCCAACCUAGAGGUCAACUAGGCCUUGAGGACCACAACAACCCACCCAUUACUCCAGAGGUGCUUAAGGCAGAGGAGGUAUGGUCAGACAGCGAGCACAAUUUCCUUGACAGCGAUAUUGGUGGGGUUGCGGUGGCUCCCUCUCACGGCUCGAUCCUAAUCGAAUGUGCCAGACGGGAGCUACACGCAACCACUCCUAUCCUAAGACCCAACCGCACGCAUCCCACUCGCAUUUCCUUGGUCUUCUACCAACACAAGAGCCUGAAUGCACCUGGUCAUGGCCUGCAACAGUGGGAGGCCAAGAUGGCUAUAAAGGCCAGGGAGAAAGAAGAGGCGGAGCGUCUGGAAGCUUUGGAUGCCAAGGAUAAAAGGUUGAGGGCAAUGGAUUCCAGUACAGAGAGUGAAGAUGAGACUUAUCCAGAUGAGAGACACAAGCUUCAGGUCCCUACCCGUCAAUCGCUAACAGUUACACGUGAUGGCGUCAUCGUGUCAGCCCCCUAUGCCCUCACACACGUUACUGGGCCUUAUAACCGCUGGACGUGAUAUUUUCCGUGCUUUUCAAGCUAAUGCCUUACCUCAGUUAGUUCUGUUUCUUUCACACCUGUUUUUAUGUGCCCUCUUUCAGUUGUGAUCAUGUCAGCUUUUACAUUGAAUUAGACUAUCGUUGGUUUUUAACUGUGAGUUUUGGUGUGUGUGUUUGUACAUGUCUAUGUUUUUUUAUUGUAAAGAGAUGGUGCUCAGAACAGAUAUUAUAAAACUGGUUUUAUACAUAUAGAUUGAAUUAGUGCAUAGAAUAUGUGAUUAUUUAUUCUGAUCAUUUUGAAAACUAUUUUGUAAUUUAAUUUCUGGUCCAAGCCUGUUUACUGCAAUAGGAUUAUGUCAUUCCUGAAAUGACGUGUGUAGUAAACACUUCGAAUUGACAUUGUCAAAUGUGAGUUCUAUUUUCUUGGGUGCUCUCUUGUAGUUGCUCUGGUGCCAUUGUAGCAGUAAUGUUAAAUGACAAUUGGUCAUUAUAACAACUUUACAUUUUACAUUAGAUUGUUGGUCACAUAUUUAGAUUACAGGUAUUGACCUAAUUCACACUAGCACAAUCUUUGGUUUUUAACUGUAAUGAAAAUGAGGCUGAUAGGGAUAGACUUACCAUCUCUUUAAUUGCACACACAGGAUAAAGCUUUAUAAAGUUGCUUGAUGCCACCUGAUUUUUCACAACUCAUGUUGUGUGGAGUUUUGUGUAUACUGAAUGUUCUUGAAAAUAUAUUAUUUCAAUGUUUUGUUUGCAAAACAAAAACACUUUAAUUUGCAGUACAGCCCAUUGAAAAGACUGUAAGUCUAUCCUUCACAGCAUCGUUGUCAUUCCUGUCAAAAACAAAAAAUGGCACUUCUGGGGAAAAUGGUCAAUAGCUUUUGGUUUCGUCUCUUCACUUUUCUGGGUAAAUUGUAUUGGUAAUGAAGGUAAAAAAAAUUGUAAUGUGAACAUAGUUUCCAAUAAUUAGCAUCUUUUAAAAAGCACUUUGUAAGUUUCUAAUAUGCACAUUUGGUUUUUAUUGAUUAUUAAUUAUCAACACUCAAAAUUGUUUGGUGUAUCUUUCUGCAAUUCAAUCAUGAUUAUGAACUUUGCAUAUUUUAGCAAUAAUCAUGUAGGGUUUUAUGCUGCAGUUUGACAACGUGUCAAAAUCAAAACCAUUUAAUUACCUUCACUUAUGUAAAUGAUCAUGUUAUUUGUUGAGUUUUGAAGCAUGACUUGAAAACAACUUAAUCAAUUUUUAUUUUUUUUAAUGGUGCUUUUAAAGAAAUCCCACGAAACCUCCUGAGAUGUCAUUUCAUAUAUUUUUAUUGCUAAAUGGUGCAUUUUUAUUUUAAAUAAAUCCCCUUUUUUGGUGAGGGGAGCCAUGGAGUAAAUCAAUAUCUGUACAUUUUGAUAUAAACAAAAGUUUGUUACAUUUUUAUUUGGGUGCAGUGCAUGGAAAGGUCAACUUUAAAACCAUGACAACUUUGUAAUUGCAUAUUUAUCUAGAGGCCUAGUCAAGAUAUUGGCUCAAGUAAAAGCAAAAAGGUUUACAUUACUUUUACAUGAGGUUUAAAGUGAACACAAGGCUGAAAAGUCUUUUUUUAAUUGUUCUUCUUCAAGGUGCUAAAGAGUGUACGUCAGUGUUCAAAACCAUUGUACAACUAAAAUGCUGUUAUAUUUAAGCACUUGAAACAGUAUCUUUUCAUGUUAAUUCUGAGAAAUUGUACACAUCAUCUCUGAAAACAUGUUUUGACUAUUAAAUCGCACUCUAGUUGCAAAUAUAGGAAAACUCUACAAUAACUCAAUGUGAACCUAUGUUUUGAGGAACUUGAAGUCACAAAGUGGCAUGGGUAUAUUCACGCUACUGUCUCAUCAAUUAAAUCUAUUUUGCAACUGUUGUUUUUGUGUAAAACCAUCAUGUAUAAUGAAAAUAAGACUAUUGUAACCAUGUUUUUUUUUUUUAUAAAACUCAGAAAUAAGCACUCUUCUAUGGUGCUCAUACAUAGUACCAGACAAGUCACAUAUAGGUGCUGCACUAGUUUGGAUCUUUAAUUUUUGGGGGUGUUUAAUAUUUACCUUACUUAAAAGCUGAAGUGUGCGUAUUUUUCAAUGUUUAAAUACUUUCUCCUUUUCCACCUUAAUAGGCAGAGACAACCAUAAAUAAGCCAUUUGUAGGUUGGUUCCCCCGAAAAGAGUAAACUCUGUGGCACUAUCAAAACAUUGCUCUGUUCGUUUUAGUUGCUGUCUGCUGUCUUUUUUGGACCAAUGGCAGAGGAACUUUUGCAAUUCCGUUUGGUGACUCUAGUGGUGCAGAAAUGUAACACUUCAGCUUUAAACGUCAUAAGCAUGCUAUGUUGUGUUUUGUCCCUCUUUACCUUGUGUGACACAAAUACUAUGACCCUCACAGUCACCCCAUAUUAAUUCAUUAUGAUUAAAAUAUCAGGACUAUCUUUUGGACUCAAUAAAUUGAAUGGCCUAAGGGAAAUUCCAAUGCAAUUUGUUUUAAAGCUCAAUGAUUUUAUUUAUUUUUCUAAGCUAUUGUUUUCUAUGAAUUAUGUUUUGGUUUGUCUCCAUGUCCCUGUUCAAACUCUGUUAUUAUUCAACUUAUAACUACACAACUACUGAUACAUCUAGCUUUUUACAAGUUUGGCUCACAUAAUCUUAUUUCAGUUAUCAAAAAUAUUGUUCAUGGCACUCACAGCAACAUUUGGUAUAAGAAAAACAAAUCUGAAAUAAAUAUUGUUACAUUCCUUUUCAAACCAAUACAGUAUUCACCUGGCUAUCCACAUUAUAAAUCUCUUACAUGUUUCUCAUCCUUUGUUGUAGUUUUUUUCCUCCCUCUUUUCUCAGGUAGUCUGUGCCCUCAUGUAACUUUGGACAUAAGCUUUUAGGAUUCUCAUAAUGUCUUCCAAUCAAAUUCUCAGAAAUGUUAAUUACUUUUGUUUAUAUUUUGUGAAAUGGUCAAGUGGUAACCCUUAUGUCAUCUUCAAUGAAUUAACUUGUUUGGCAGUUAUGUUCUAUAUACUGUGAAUGUCUAUACCGAUGGGUUAAGGGGGAAGUGUGUAAAAAAAAAAUAUUAUGUUAAAAUAGAAAAAUCUCUUUUCCCAACUUUUAUUGCAGAGACAACUAUUAAGGCAACCAUUCGGUUCCGGCAAAAUAUGUAAACAUUGUGGCACUAUUAAAACAUUGCUCAGUUGUUUGUUUGAGUAUCCCAACUGGCCCAGUAUAGCAGCAAUGACAACCAGUGAGUUUGGGUGGGACUUUUUUUUAUUUGUGGUUAAGAAAUUACACACUUCACCGUUAAGUCUGAAUGUAAGCCAUUGUGGGCAACAUUAAAUGUUGUGAUCUAUAAUGUCAAAUUGUACACCUCCUAUAUGUAAAAUCAAACAAGAACAUAUUAUGACUUGAAGAUUUCAUUCUAAAUGACUUGGAAUGUUUUGUCAAGGAAAACACCAGCUUUUGAAAAAUUUAAUAAAACGCACAGUUGUAAGCUA